GACGUGUUUGGCAGCGGGACGCGCCGUCCGCCUCGCCCCCUGCGUCCCCGCUAUGCUCCGGAGGGUCGCGCCGCUGCUGCCCCUUCGCCGCCUGCCCCCGCACCCUGCGCCCUCCGGAAGCGCGGAGUCGGCAGCGGCUGCAGCUCCGCCCCGCGCUGCUCCUCCCGGAGCGCUCAGGACAAAAUAUGUCCAGAGAUACUUUGGUACCAGCAGUGUGGUCUGUAGCAAGAAAGGUGAGAAGUCUGGUCCAGCUGGUGAGAUUUCCAAAAGGCCUUCAGAGAGCCGAGAGGCUGUAAAAGAGAAAUCAAAAAAAAACUUAUUAAACAUUAUUAAAGGCAUGAAAGUCGAAUUAAAUGCAGCAAAUGUACAAACCACAAAGCCCCCCAGCCGAAAACCACUUAAAAGUGUGGAGACUGAAAUUGGAAAACUCCGAAGAGCUGGGGAAGAUGGGCUGGAGAAGCGAAAUAAGCCUCCAAAUCCAGCAUUGGUGGCAGCUGCGUCUGCUGUGGCAGCUUCUCUCCCUUUUGACAAGCAGAUGACCAAGUCAGAGCUGCUCAGGCGGCUGCAGCAGCACGAGCAAGGCCCCGCGUCCCGGGAGCAGGGAAGGAAACCCAAGAUCAGUUUCAGUAAUAUUAUAUCAGAUAUGAAAGUUGCCAGAUCUGCUACAGCUAGAACAUCAAGACUAGAGCAUCAGAUUCAGUUUGAUGAAGAAAUUGACAGUGCUGCAGGGCAGGAGAUAACCGCUGAUUUAAAAAAAAGUCUUAAAGGUUUAUUCAAAGGGGAGAGACUUAAUAUCUUUGAUAUUAAGCAAUUUACUGAAGAAGCACCUCUCACAGAGACCUCACCUUCCCUUUGGGAUGUGGAGUUUGCAAAGCAGUUAGCCACAGUAAGUGAACAGCCCUGUCAGAAUGGACUUGAAGAAAUGAUCCAGUGGACCAAAGAAGGAAAGCUGUGGGAGUUCCCCAUCAACAAUGAGGCAGGCUUUGACGAUGAUGGCUCUGAAUUUCAUGAGCAUAUAUUUCUGGAUAAGUACCUGGAGGAUUUCCCCAAACAAGGGCCCAUUCACCACUUCAUGGAGCUGGUGAUUUGCGGCCUUUCGAAAAACCCACAUCUGAGUGUUAAACAGAAGGUUGAACACAUAGAGUGGUUCAGGAAUUAUUUUGAAGAAAAAAGAGACAUUUUAAAAGAAAACAACAUACAGUUCAACUAAGACCUUGGAAAUUUUUAUUUCAAGCUGUCGGAGAUGGAUAUUAUAAUGAAAUAAAGUAAUUCUCCUAGUUUUUAUGUUAAUGAUAA